CCGCCCAGAAAGAACAAGAAGGACAGGAAAGACCGACGAGACAAAAGCAAAAAGCGCAAGGCAGAUGGCCAUGUCAAGAAUGGCGCCCCCGAAGCUGACGUCGAGAUGGCCGACGGUGGCGAGCCCUCAAACAACGACGAUGAUUCCUCGGACGAGAACGAUGCGGCCAGCCCGCAAGACCCCAAGCGACGCAAGAAGGAGGCCGAGGCCGACCCAGUUCUCACCGACAACUUUACAACCGCCGAGUCGAGACAGGUCGCCGCCGCCGGCGGCUUUGCGCCGACCAAGGAGGAUGGAUCUCUUACCCUCGCACACAAUAUACAGCACCAGGUUGCACUACCCCCUGAUCUGGACUACGAAUACGUCCCCCUCUCGAACCACAAGCCCCCCGCCGAGCCAGCCCGUACCUACAAGUUCAAGCUGGACCCCUUCCAGAGCCUGUCCGUCGCUUCUAUCGAGCGGGACGAGUCUGUCCUGGUGUCAGCCCACACAAGUGCAGGAAAGACUGUUGUGGCCGAGUACGCGAUUGCACAGUGUUUGAAGAGGAACCAGCGUGUAAUCUACACCAGUCCCAUCAAGGCUCUCAGCAACCAAAAGUACCGAGACUUCCAGGCCGAUUUUGGCGAUGUAGGCCUCAUGACCGGAGAUGUGACCAUAAACCCCACUGCAAGCUGUCUUGUCAUGACCACAGAGAUUCUGCGGUCUAUGCUGUACCGCGGUUCCGAAAUCAUGCGAGAGGUGGCCUGGGUCAUCUUCGACGAGGUCCACUACCUUCGUGACAAAUCCCGUGGUGUUGUUUGGGAGGAGACCAUCAUCCUGUUGCCUGACAAGGUCCGCUACGUCUUCCUGUCUGCCACCAUCCCCAACGCCUUCCAGUUCGCCGAGUGGAUCGCCAAGAUACAUCGCCAGGCCUGUCAUGUUGUCUACACCGACUUCCGACCUACACCCCUGCAGAACUACUUCUUCCCUGCCGGCGGUGAUGGCAUCUUCCUCAUUGUGGACGAGAAGGGCAAUUUCAGAGAGGACAACUUUGCCAAGUCCAUGGCCCUGAUCGAGGCAAAGAAGGGAGCAGACCCGAGCGACAUCAACGCGCCUCAGAAGGGCAGGGGUAAGAACAAGAAGACGAACAAGGGUGGUGCUUCUGAUUCUCAGUCGGACAUCUCCAAGAUCAUCAAGAUGAUCAUGAAGAAGUCGUUCCACCCCGUCAUCGUGUUUAAUUUCAGCAAGAGGGACUGCGAGGCCAUGGCGCUCGCCAUCUCUCACAUGACCUUCAACACCCCGUCCGAGAAGACCAUGGUCAAGACGGUGUUUGAGAAUGCCAUCUCAACCCUGUCCGAGGAGGACCGUACCCUGCCACAACUCACCCACAUUCUUCCGUUAUUGGAGAGAGGAAUUGGCGUUCACCACUCGGGGCUGCUACCCAUCUUGAAGGAGACAAUCGAGAUCCUCUUCCAGGAAGGCCUCAUCAAGGCUCUGUUCGCAACCGAGACUUUCUCCAUCGGUCUGAACAUGCCGGCCCGAACUGUCGUCUUUUCCGGAGUUACCAAGUUUGAUGGACACAAGCAGCGUCCGCUGACUGUGGGCGAGUAUAUCCAGAUGUCAGGCCGUGCUGGUCGUCGUGGCCUUGAUGAUCGAGGUAUCGUGAUCAUGAUGAUUGAUGACAAAUUGGAACCAGAGACGGCAAGAGAAAUGGUGGCUGGGCAGCAGGACAAGCUCAACUCGGCUUUCUACCUGGGCUACAACAUGGUGCUCAACCUUCAGCGUAUCGAGACCAUCUCGCCCGAGUUCAUGCUCGAGCGAUGUUUCUACCAGUUCCAAAACAAUGCCAGCGUCCCCGCCUUGGAGAGAGAACUCAUCUCGUUGCAGCAGGAACGCGACAACAUGGUUAUCGCCGAUGAAACCACCGUCAAGGAAUACUACAACCUUCGCAAUUCGCUUGAGGAAUAUACCAAAGAUAUGAUUGCGGUUAUACAACACCCUAAUUAUUGCAGCGAGUUCCUACAGCCUGGCCGCCUUGUGCAGAUCAAGACGCCGACCGGCGAGGACUUUGACUGGGGCGUGAUCAUCAACUUCACUACACGCCGAUCCGCUAGGGCUGGUGAGGCGCCACACCCUCCACAAGAGUCCAUCUUUAUCGACGUUCUACUACGACUGGAUGGAGACAGCGAUGAGGUCAGGCGUAUCCAGCCAACGAAGGACGUGAUGCCUCCUGGUAUUCGUCCCUUUGUUGAGAGGCGGUCUAAGUACUGCCGGUACGAGGUUGUGCCGGUGCUCCUGAACUGCGUCAAAGCCUUUGGCCAGAUCCGGCUGUUCGUCAAGGGCGACUUGAAGUCUGAGCAGGAGAUGGGCACCUGCGGCAAGAAUCUUGAGGAGGCCAAGCGUCGCUUCCCUGAUGGGAUCCCUAUCCUGGACCCUAUUGAGAACAUGGGCAUCACGGAUGACUCUUUCAAGAAGCUCAUGCGAAAGAUCGAGGUGCUCGAGUCCAGGCUACUAUCCAACCCGCUCCAUGGGUCCUCCCGGUUGCCUGAACUGUGGGAGCAGUACUCCAAGAAGGUCUCACUGGCGGACCAGAUCAAGGAAAAGAAGAAGGCCAUCGCCAAGGCGCACAGCAUCGCGCAGCUGGAUGAGCUCAAGUCCCGCAAGCGCGUCCUCCGCCGACUCGGGUUCAUCAACGAGGCGGAGGUGGUUCAGAUGAAGGCGCGGGUGGCGUGCGAGAUAUCGUCGACCGAGGGGCACGAGCUGCUGCUGAGCGAGCUGCUUUUCAACCGUUUCUUCAACGAGCUAUCGCCUGAGCUGUGUGCUUCCGUGCUGAGCGUGUUCAUCUUCGACGAGAGGGUCGAGACGCAGGCACUCAAGGAGGAGCUCGUCAAGCCUUACAGGGAGGUCCAGGCCACGGCCCGAACCAUCGCCAAGGUCAGCCAGGAGAGCAAACUUGACGUCAACGAGGAGGAGUACGUGCAGAGCCUGAAGUGGCAGCUCAUGGAGACGGUCUUCGUCUGGGCGCAGGGAAAGCCGUUCGCUGAAAUCUGCAAGAUGACCAACGCCUACGAGGGUUCCCUGAUCCGCCUCUUCCGCCGCCUGGAGGAGCUCCUCCGGCAGAUGGCCCAGGCCGGCAAGGUCAUGGGCAGCGAAGAGCUGCAGAAGAAGUUCGAGGCAUCCCUCAAGAUGAUCAAGAGGGACAUCGUCGCCGCCAACAGCUUGUACAUUUAA